AUGAACCAUCAACAACAACAGCCACAGAUCAAACAGGAAGUAAGCACAACAAUUAAGAAUGAACCGAAUGAUAGAUUAGGAACAUCAUCCCCUACACCCAAUAAUUCAGGAUGGCAAGAUAUUCCACUUAAAUCAUGUACACAAGAAGACAUCAAAGAUAUCAGAUUCCAUAUUAUGAAAUUCGCCACCAAGCAAGAUGUCAACAUAGUUGAAGAUUUUAAUAAACCAGUUAGAUUACAUCGAAAAGAUCCCAGAAAUAUUCAAUUUCAUUUAACUAGGGAAGAAAUUGAGAUUAGAAAACGAGAACAAGAACAAGCGAAAUUAGAAAGGGAGAGAUUAAAAGCAGAGAUCAAAGAAGAGGAUGGCGUACAAGAUGGUGAUGCGAUUGAUAAGAAAGAAGUCAAGGAAGUUGCCGAUCCAUCAAAAAUUGCCCCAGAUGGGAAGAAAAUUGUUAAUAAAAAUCAAGCCGAUAUGUCACAAGUUGCCCCUGAUGGAGGAGCAAGAAAACAAAAGAAAAACUUAUUCAAACGUAAAACCAGACAAAUCAAUCUUAUGGAUGAUGCUAAAAGGAAAUUACGUUAUGAAGAACAUUAUCCAUGGGUAAUUGAAGAUUACACCGGUAAAAACGUCUUUGUUGGGAAUUAUGAAGGUGGAUCAUCAGAAUCCCAACAUGUUUUGUUUGUAUUUGAUAAAGAUGGAUUUAAAAUGAUCCCUACGGAAAAAGUAUAUCGUUUUACUCCAAGAAAUAAAUAUGCUACAUUGACUUUAGAAGAAGCAGAAGCUAAAAUGGAAAAAAAUUCAAGUGUACCAAGAUGGUUAAUGAAACAUAUGGAAGAUAGAUCGAAUUCUGAAAGUACUCCCGAUCAACGAUUUAGGAAUAAUGUACUUGUGAAUGGACAAGUUGUUCAUGCUAGUGGAAGUAGUUCUGGGUUGGGCGGGAGUAGACCCGGUGGACGUCGUGGAUUAAGAACGGUGAUGGGAGGAGCUAGUGGAUCGAAUGAUCGAGAUUCCGAUCAUGAUGAUUUAGAUUAUGAUGAAGAAUUUGCUGAUGAUGAAGAAGCACCAAUUAUGGAUGGUGAUGAAGAAGAAAAUAAAUUAUCGGAAAAGAAAAUUAAACGAGAAAUGUUAAAGGCAGCCCAUUUUGAUGGACAACCUGAUGCUGAGAAUGAUGAUGAUAUUGAUGAUUUAUUUGAAUCGGAAAAGACUAGAAAGGUUGAUAAAGAAGGGAAGAAAUUAAGGAAAGUUUUGAAUAAACGAGAAGGUGGAGUUUAUGAUAGUGAUGAUGAAGAAGAUGGAUUAUUACCAUAUUUAUCAAAAUCAGAUUUAGAAAGUGGUGAAGAAAGCGAUGAAGAAGUUGAAGUUAAAAAGGAACCAACUGAUAAUAAUGGAAUCAAGCAAGAAAAUGAAACAACUAAUAUUCAUCAUGUUAGGGCGUUUGUAGCUAAUAAUGUUGGCGAUGGGUUUGUGGUGAUAAAAGCACCUCCGUCAUUCUUACAAACAUUACCAUUGGGAUAUUGGAAUCCUCAAGCACGUAAACGUCAAUCUCCAGAUGUUAUAGUAUCAACUUCACCUUCGAAGAAAGUGAAAUUAGAGUCAUCAUUAAAGAUUAAGAUCAAGAAAGAACCAAGUUUAUCACCGCCACCAAUAAGUCCUACUCCAGGAUCACCGGUAGGCUCUCCCACAAAUAUGGCCGCACCAUCUGUGACAGCACCAGCGAUGGAUUUGAAUUCGGCAGGCCCUGAUGGUGUUUUGGUUACCGUAAAUGAUGUUUUGGAUAUUGUGAGAAACAAUCCAUUGACAACUAAGGAAUUGUUGGUUGGGUUGAAGAGCAGAGUCAGUGCUCAUAAGGAUAAUAAACAGAGAAUUAUUAGUAUUGUGAAACAGAAUUUGAAAUUAGUUGAUGGGAAAUUGGUUCUUAAAGAAUAG